CGGGCGCAGUGCUACGUCCCCUUUAAGCAGAGCUCCACGACGUCACGGCAUCAAAGCGGAAGUAUGGACGCUCGAAAGUAGCUGCUGGAGUUUUGUUGACAUCUGACAUGAAAUUUGUGCUGCUCGACUGUUGACGAGGUGCCAUUGUUUCCCUCCCAGCGGGGUUGAUGCUGGAUCUCCGCGAAGAGCCGCAGCAUGUUCCCCCGCGGCGCUGCUCCGAGGGGCCGCUCAGCCCACAGCCACGGCCCGUACCCGCCACCUCCAGUGCCCCGAUACUAUGAUUACAACCACCAGAGGCCGGCAGCAGCCAACAGCUUUAAUGUUCCUGGUCUAGAGAGGUUACCCACAUAUGAAUGGAAAUCCCCACCAUCUACCUCUCAGGUCGCCCCUCUGUACACAGCAGCUCAGAGCAACAGGCGCAAGAGGCAGAACGAGGAAUACAGCCCCCAUGUCGUGAAACGCCAACGCCUCGACUCCUCUACCCACCCAAAGACAGGGUCCACUUCAGUUCGAUACCCUCCCCGUCCUUGUCGUCCAGACCAAGUGUUUGCUGGGUCCUCGCAAUCGUCCUUCUCUGGUUUUCAUCCCAGCCCACACCCCAAUCCCUGGCCUGAGGUGCCUCCUGUCCCAGAAAACCCCAUCCGCCUGCAGACCUAUGACAAGGACAAGCUGAGCACUCAGAUGGUGGAGCUGUUUGAGGCAUGUCAGCAGCAACUUUCAGAUCUGACCUGGAAGGAGAUGUGCAGAGCUCGGCUGCAGCAAGACAUACAGCGAGUCUAUGCAGCACGACUUUACUUAACUGGAUCUUCCAUGAGUGGAUUUGGCUGCCGCAGCAGUGAUGCUGAUCUGUGUCUGGUCCUUCAGGUUCAAAAAAGACCUGAUGCUAUUAAUGUGCUCUCUGUACUGCAAAAGCUGUUUAAAACACUCCCUUAUGUAGAAAGGACACAGCUAAUCAGAGCCAAAGUGCCAAUCCUCAGGUUCAAAGAAAAAGACAGUAAUCUGGAGUUUGAUCUAAAUAUCAACAACAUAACGGGCAUCAGAAACACAUUCCUUCUGAGGAGUUACGCUUAUGCUGAUCUCAGGAUAAAGCCCAUGAUUCUCGUCAUCAAGAAGUGGGCACGGCAUCACCAAAUCAAUGAUGCCAGCAAAGGAACAUUAAGCAGCUACACACUGGUGCUUAUGAUCCUGCACUACCUGCAAACUCUUAAUGAACCGGUCCUUCCUUCUCUGCAGAGGGACCACCCAGAGUGUUUCAAUCCCUUCAUGGACAUCGACAUGGUUCCAGAGGGACCCAAAAACAUCCCCCCCUUCAUCUCUAGAAACCAGUCUUCUCUAGGAGACCUGCUUCUGGGCUUUCUUAAAUACUAUGCCACAAACUUCAGGUGGGACAAGCAUGUGAUCUCUGUUAGAGAGGCCAGAGCUUUUCCCAAGAACAACUCCAAAGAGUGGAGAAACAAAUACAUAUGUGUGGAAGAGCCAUUUGAAAGAAAUAACGUUGCCAGAGCAGUCCAUGAGAAGAUCAAGUUUGACUUCAUCAAAGAUCAGUUUGCAGAGUCAUUUCGGAUCCUCCGUGAGAGGAAGGACCUGGACUCGAUCCUCCCAGUCAGCGCCAUCAUUAAUAGAGAGUCUGCAGUCAGGAGAUGAGGGAUUCCUCUAAUUAGACGAGCUGAGUGGAGUCCUCUACCUCAACCCGACCCUUUGCCCAGAAACGAUGACAGACCUUCGCGAUGUGCUGAGCGAGGAGCCGUGCUGCCUCUGCACCUCACAGCCCAAAACGUUUCUGGGACGCUGAAAGUUCUGGCUGCUUUCAUAUCGGACACGUACAGUGUGUCCUCUGGCAUCACCUUUUGAAUAUACUGCACUGUCAAACGUUUUGCUGUCUUUCCUAAAUUUGUGUUGCAUAAUAAUCCAGAAAACAAGAGUGUAAAUAAUUUACAAUAUUUGUGGAGUGACACCAGAGAGCUCUGGAGUCGAAACCUAAACUGGUGACAGAGAGAUGCACUGAAGCAGGAUGAUAAUUGUUCAUGUUAUAUGAGAUGGUUAUUGCUGCUACACCACUAGUCCCAAUGCACAUGGAAUUCCUGGGAUGAAGUUAAGUUUGUUAACAUAGUAUGAGAAGAUGCAAAAACCACUUGCAAACAGCUCAUGUCUGAAGUUAGCUUAAAUGGAAUCAACUGCGUUCAGGUUUAUAAAAACUCAUUUUAGUGGUCACAGCCGUACUGCAUAGUGUCAUGAGAAAUCUUGUUUCUGACUUAUAUAUGUAAAAUAUACAGUAUGAAUAUCCUCUUGGGAUCAACUUGUAACAUCAGAGCCUUUUUCUUGGUCAGUUUCUAAGUGAUUUUGGGCUUAAACACGAAAUUUGCUUUUUCUACCGCUACAUUAAAGACCCUCUCUUUUUUAAAUCA